UGUCGUCGUGAGGGUGAUAUGCGUCUUGUACCCUGCAAAACACGCCUUAAAAAGCUUUAGUUUGGUGUGGCAUUUAGGGAUGGGCACUUGGCAGGGUGUGGUGAGUUUUCGGGGGUCGCGAUGUGAUCGGUCGGGUGGCGGCUAAUUAGCCAAAAUGCGGGACACGAGCCGGUUGAAUUCAUCGGGUUUGCCGACUGCCUGGAGUCCUGCUGGAGCGCCAUCAAGCUGCUCUUGCAUCCUUAAAGUCUCCUUAAAGAAGGCGCCCCAUCCUCUAAGUUUCACCAGUGAGUCUGAAAAAUUUCACCGGGUCAAAGAUUCACCACCUCACGCCAUCAUGAAGAUGCUGCUGCUGCAUGGCGGCCGCUCUGGUUUUCAGACUGCACGACGGAGGGCCUGAGCUGCUGCGACAGGUCCUCCUGGAGCGAGGAUGGGAGGAACACCAUGCCGGCCGACGGGGGCAGGAAGACUGGAACCUCUACUGGCGGGGAGCUGACUUUCCCAUUUCGGAAUAUCGUAACCUGAUGCCGUGGCAGCGCCUCAACCACCAUCCCCAAUCUGUUGGUGUCACGCGAAAGGACCGCCUGGAGCGCAACCUGAGGAGAAUGAGGGCGACCUUCGGAUCGUCGCUGUAUGAUUUCAGUCCGGCCGCCUUCAUCCUCCCCAACGACUUCACUCGCUUCCUGGCCGAGUACUACAAGCCGCGUCUACAAGGAACGCCGCCGCUCUUCUGGAUCUGUAAGCCGGUGGGCCUCUCUAGAGGCAGGGGGAUCUUCAUCUUCGAGAAGGUGCGGGACCUCCUGUACGACUGCGCCGUGAUCGUGCAGAAGUACAUCAGCGAGCCUCUGCUGAUCUCGGGCUACAAGUUUGACUUGAGGAUCUACGUGUGCGUGAAGAGCUUCCACCCGCUCAUCGUGUACAUCCACCAGGAGGGGCUGGUGCGCUUUGCUACAGAGAAGUACUCCCAGUCUUCGCUGCAGAACCCCUACAUCCAUCUCACCAACGCCAGCAUCAACAAGCUGGGACCCUUCUACCAUGCCACCAAGGAUGGCGUGGGCCGAGGCUGCAAGUGGACCCUGAGCAAGUUCCGCCACUUCCUCCACAGCCAAAACAUCAACGAGCUUCUCCUCUGGCAGAGGAUCAGCAACAUCGUCACCCUCACCCUGCUCACUAUCGCCCCCUCCGGCCCCGCCUGCCACAACUGCGUGGAGCUGCUGGGCUUCGACAUCCUACUGGACGUCACCUUCAAACCUUGGCUGCUGGAGGUCAACCACAACCCCGCACUGAACCCCGACUGCCCGGCCGACCUGGCUGUGAAGAAGAAACUUAUCGGAGACCUGAUAGACCUUAUGAGUUACACCUGCACGGACCACCUGAGGGGAGGGGCCCUGCUCCCAAAGGUGUCUUCACACACACUCCCGCGGAUUCAAACCCGGCCCGAGAAAAGCAUCCAGAACAAGAGCAGCUGUCAUAGACAUCAUCGUUGCCUCCCCCCAGUCCACUUGGACAGGACAUCCCGACUCAUUAGCGCCACGAGCGAGACCCUACACCCGAUAAUGGGCCCACACUCGAGGACCAUCAGGAGCGUGUCUGAGGUUACACACAGCCAAUCCGAGGACGAGCUCUCAGACGUUCCGUCAACAUUACCUGAUACCUCAUGGCGGGGGCAGGGUUUGCGGUGCCCUGAUGUGACCUGGCGACUCCCAGACAUCACACACAGUGUCACAGUGCCCUCUACUGGUCAAGCUGCAAAUAUAUCUGCAAAUGCAAACAGCCUCCAUCUCCUCUCAGCCAACGCUCGCCAAGAAGACAGUUUUGUCUCAAGAUUCAAAGUUGUCCAAACACCCCUUCAAGGACACGCCCCUCCUCCACCGCUCCGAGUGGGAGACUUCAUUCGGACCUUCCCGUUUAACAUGGCCACCCUGAAGGCCUCGCGCCGCCAGCUGGACCUGAAGGCGGUGAUGAGGGAAAUCCGCAAGCUGACCCGUCAGCUGGAUGCCAGUCAGUCGACCACGAUGGGACCCGACAUCAGCGACAAACAGGAAGACUUGGAUUCGCUCCUCUGGGGGCCAAAAGACCCCCCGCUGCUACGUCACUGCUUCAAGGCUUGACUGGACCGGCUCACAGGAACAACGAGAACAGCUAACAAGAAAACAAAAAAAUGUGUACAAGCAUAAAGUCAAAAUAUUGAGGGGAAAAAAUAAGAUCAUUUGAGUAACAUAAAGUUGGAAUAUUAAAGAAAAAAUUACAUUUUUUAAAGUCGGAUAUAUGAAAAGAACAUAGUCGUAAAUUUAGGUUCUGGAAAAAGUUAUGUAACGGGAAUAAAGUCAUGAAUACAAGAACAAAAUUUACAAGAAGAACGUUGAAAUAAAAAAUAAAAAACACACCAGCAGAAAUGGAAAAAAAACGUAUCUCGUAAUUUUCCGAGAAUAAAAUCAAUAUAGAAGACAAUAAAGUCGUCUUCUAACAAGAAAAGCUUUACGAGGAUAAACUCAGAAUAUUAUGAGGAAAAAUGUCAUUUUAGAAGU